UUUGAUUUGCAGUCAGGUUGACAAGCUUUAGCUGAUCAGCGUCGUGUAUCACAGUACCCGGCUAAAUGGACAGGUAUACAGAGCUACAGUUUGGGAGCAACCGCGCGAGACAUUAGUUUUAAUCAGCACAAGUGAUGGAGCGUUAACAUGUUGAGAUCAAGAAUAGCAUAUUAAAAAAAAAAUAUGAACUGAUUUGUGAUCGAGGACGUUAGUUAUACACGCGAUUCAUAAAAUGGCUAACACUGUGACUCCAGAUCCGGCAAUCUUUGACAUGUUCAACUUUGUGACCCGCUGCAAGACAGGCGACUCGUACUCAAUCAUGACGAAGUACCGUAUGAACCGACCUGGAGCCACGCGUCGCGCCAAGAGUGCGCAUAUUAGAAGGAUAAAGGGGGAUCUGUGCGGCUCAGAAAGAUCGGAUGAGCAUGCAAGAGCGGAAAGUGCAGAUAUGCAUAGUGUAACCACAGCAACCGAUUUGUAUGACUUCGACAAGGAUUUCCCCGACGAUCUGGAUCAGGAUGACGAGGAGGACUAUGAACAUCGCCCUUCGCCCACGCUGUCGCCCUCCCAGCAGGUUUACCAUAAAGCAUGUCGACAGCUCAAAGUCGUCAUCAGCAAACAUUUCAGUCGUAAUCUCGUCAAGGACAGCGUCAUCAUGCGACACCACGAGCUGGGGCCCAAAGGCGGAAAGGCAUGCGCACUUGCACUUAUGAACAACUCGACCGUGGCGACGUUGGACCUGACGGAUAAUGAUCUGGGGCCGGCGGGAGGGAGCUACGUCGGAGAAUUAUUACAGGAGAACCAUUUUAUAUCAGAUUUGACAUUAGCAGACAACAAUAUGAAAAUAGAUGGAACUAAAGGCAUCCUGAAGGCCAUAUCGGACUACGACUGUGUAACCAGCCUUAACCUGUCAGGGAACGGAUUACGGGAAUGUGAUGCUGAGGCCUUUCAGCCUGUUAUAGAGGAUACAACAAAAUUAACACGACUAAAUCUAAGCCAUAACGAGUUCCGAGAGGAAGGAGGAGAAGUUAUAGGUCAAGCCAUAGAAUUCAGUGAAACGCUGACGGAUCUAGACCUGAGUUGGAAUCACCUCCGACUAUCUGGUGGAGUAUCUUUGGCUAUAGGCCUCCAGUUGAACAGAAGUAUAAAGAGGUUAAAUCUGGCCUGGAAUGGUUUGUACAUAGAUGGAUGUAAGGCAAUGGCCACAGCGCUAGAGGUCAAUCGGUCACUCGAGGAGCUUGACCUUUCAUCCAACAGAAUCAAUAAAGAAUGUCUGGAGAAGUUGUUGGCCGGAGUGAAGAAAAAUCCAACUCUCAAAGUCCUGAAGUUGGCGCUGAACCCUCUGACUACGGCUGGAGCAGCUGUGUUACUGUCUACUGUGAAAAACAGUACUGACCAUGGCCUCAAGAUCGUUGAUAUACACACCCAGGUUGUUGAGCAGGCAUAUGCUACACAAGCGACCGCGUUACACGAAGAGAGAGGGAUUGAGAUCAAGCACGGGAUAGUGCGGGGUCAGGAAGGGUCAGGGGAUGAUCCUGACGGUAUGGAACUCGUUGACGAAAACCCUGUACUGGUCCUCAUGGAGUUUGGUAAACUAAUGGGAUUUCGUCUGAUGGACCUUUUCGCCGCACUUGAUAAGGAUGGCAGCAAGUCACUCGAUAAGGUCGAAAUCAUGACAGGACUAAAGUUUGCCAAUAUCCCUCUUACCGACAAGGCGCUGGAUAAAUUGAUUGAGAAGCUUGACGAGGAUGGCAGUGGUGAAAUAGAAUUCAGCGAGAUGAUGGCGGGUCAGCAGGAGUACCGAGCUAAGAUGAAUAAGAUGUACAAAGCUACACAACAAUCAGUAGAUGUGGAAGACACAGAGAUCGGACGGGUUCGGAUAAAGCUCCAGCGUCUGAUGGCUAAGCAGAUGGCCAACAAUCCAGCAUUUAAAAGUAGGGUUGAGCGAUUUCAGCAGUCACUCAGUAAAGGCUUCAAUAAUGGAGAAAUAGCAGUGCGCAUGACCGGAAAUAAGCGUGAUUUAAAUCGAGAGAAAGUGAGACAACGCCGAGAGACAAAAGCGGCGAAAAAUAGUUCUGCUUUAUUUGAUCUGAGUGGUCUUGAAAAUGAUAAGAGUUCUGAUACUACUGAUAAAGCAUCUGCUUCUACUGAUAAGGAUAUUGCAGAAAAGAAAUUUAAAACUGUUGAUGUAAUUUCUGAACAGAGUGACGAGGCUAUUUCUACUGACGUUAUUACUAACAAUGAGACUAGUGUAGAGGACAAAUCACAUGCUUUAUUUAGUAGUAGUCCUAGAAAUAAUUUGGAGAAGGGGAUGUCAGGAAAAAAAGGUUGGAUGGAUAUGCACGUUUGAUUGAGGAUUGGCUUACACAUUUAUUAAACUAUAU